AUGCCCAACGUACGCGUCGAACCGACCGCGGAAGCUCACAUCGCCCGCUACUACCGCUUGAUCGAAGUCAUCAAGGGUGAGGCCGCCGUAGAACCACGUCUCCUGCCCGUAUCUCGGGGCGAAUGGCUGUCGUGGGCCAACUGCCGCGGUCUCUUCGAGUCCUACUGCAAGGCGGUCACCGAUGAUCCGAACUCCGUCCCAUCGCCGUACUCCUUCAACGACGUCGUCGAGGUCAUGAACUACAUCGACGAGAUCUUCCAACGUUACAAGCUGCCUCACGACUCGCUGGGCGCACCCUAUCCGACCAUCGCCUGGUCCGAGGAGUCCGUCCUGCAUCGCGAGGCUAUUGACGAGCCUCUGGCUCCGGUCUCCUACCAACUCGACCCACUGUAUGUGCCGGAGUAUCGCCGCUUGCCCGACAACUUCAAUCACUUGGCUAACGCCGUCCACCGCCUGAGCGAGGACCAGCAGGAGAUUCGUAGGAUUCUCGGGUCGCUCUCUACGAGCGUCGCCGAACUGGGAGGGCGCGAGCGAGGCAUUAACGUCGGCGAGCCUGUUCGAGACGCAGCCGGUCGUAGGGGAGUCCAGAUGGGAGCGUAUCAACGUAUGACCCGAUCCGCUGCCUCGAAACAAGCAGAGAAUCCUGCAGGCCAGCGAAGCACAGCCUCGAAGGGUACUAAGGACAAGCAGAAAGUGGUAAAGGCGGCUGCAACAUCGUCCGCCGCAGCUAAGAAGAAAAGUCAGAAAGCUCAGGAGAAGCAGAGGGAGAAGGAGGAACGAACGGAUAAGAUACGCAAGAGAAAAUCAAAGAUGAUGGAGGAAGAUGAAGCAUCGCAUGAUGAAGAGGACGUAAGGCCCCAGAAGAAGAAGUCGCGCUCGCGCAACGACAACGCACAGGAGGAGGACGAGCCUGCCAAUGACACGGCGCAAGGCAACAAGGUAGCUGACGUGGUGAUGCAAGACCAGACGGCUGACAGCGAGGGCGAGCAGCCCAAGAAGCCACGGCCUAUGCCAAAGCGGAAGUACGGCCAACAUGCAGAACCUGCGCCUACGCUAGACGCGGACGAGGAGGACCUGGCACGAACAUUGGUGACGUUCACGAAGAAGCAGGACAAGGGUAAGAAUCGCGCCAACAACAACUCGGAUGACGAGCGUAGCAAAUCCCCGGCCGCCAGCGACGAUAGUCGCAAGAAUUCUGACAAGGCCAAGCGCACGGCUGCAGGCCCACAUGACAAACCAUCCGAUGACUCAGAUCAGGACGACAGCAGCAAGGAUGAUGAUCAAGAGGAAGGAGAGGCGUAUGAAGACGACAGAGAUGAGGAGGAUGAAGAGGAGACAGACCACGCAGAAGAGGGACAGAGCGACGACGAUGGGAUGAUCGUCUUGUCUGACUCCAGGCGCAAGGGCAAGGGUGCUCGUCCCAAGGCGUAUCGCACCGGUGGGGCCAAGGGCGCGCGCCUCAGGGUGUCAGACUUGCCAACAUGGCUUGUUCCACUUUUCCAUGCAGCACAAGAUGCGCUGCGCCUCCGCACCGCUCUGAAGUCCGCCUGGACGAAGGAGCCGUCAGUCGUCUCCAAGCGGCUGCCCAGCGUGGAUGAUCUCAUCAAGGCGAGCGUUCAAGAUGCAUAUGAGAAAGGCGACAAGAAGGUGCGGGAUUCCUGGAGGAUGUUGCAGGAUCGGAAGGGCAAGGACAACAGCCAGAGAGAGCGUCAUAGGCAGGACAUGCACAAACUGAUCGUGCGCGCGUUAUCUCAAACUCGAAACGAGCUCAAGGGGAAGGCGUCCCAGGUGAUCCAGAAGGCUUACGACCUGAGCCCUCACCUAUACUCUCUUGAUGACAGGAGGCCAAUUGCGUUGUGGCUGAUCGGCAAGGUCAGCGUGAAGAUGGGCGAUCGAACGGCUUUGCUUCCUCGUUUCAUCUUCGGGGAGAUAGAACACAACCUUGGGAAGGAACAGGGCUCGUCCGUGGAGAAGAGUGAAGCGCUGAUCAUGAAUUACAUCAUGAGCAAGUACAACCGCUUGCUACCUUUCAGGCACCCGGCAAUCCAAGAGCUGAUCUACCUGUACUGGGGGCCCGCCAAACGUGAGGGUGCGUGCAUCAAGGCGGCGAUGGUAGACUUCAAGAAGGUGCCUCUGAACCUCAUCGCACUAGUGUGCACCGCCAUAGAGGGAGCAUUGGCUGACGUCGCCGCGCAGGUGGAAGAAGACAACGAAGUGAACCUGAAAUUUGCGAACUCGGUCUACGCCAAGAAAUGGGACAGCCUGAUGAGUGCACUGGAGUACAUGAAUAACAAGCCGUACCUUCAGGAGACGCAGUCACUAAUCUGGUCGUAUAUAAGGUCGAAGAUGCAAGGGGACGAGGAUGGUGAUAUGGACGCUGUGGAGGAGAACCAGGAGGAGGAAGAAGACGGGGAACGUGUGGGCGGUGCGGCUAUCGACCUCGACCAGCUGAACGUCACCUUGCCAGCCGUGGCAUCAGGCAGCAAGGCAAAGACUCCUGCGGCGUCCAAGACUGCAGCUGGAUCAUCGAAGGAUGCAGCGAACGCAGAGAGUGGACCGUCACGUCCGUCGCGAUCGAAGUCCGGCGCGAAGAAGGCCCAGGAGAGUUCGGGGGAGCAAACUUCCAGCAGCGAGCGUGAGGUCGAUGAACUCGGCAAUGAGUGGUAA